GACCCUUGCUGAGGGACCAGCAGAAUUUAAGAACUUGAAGCUGAUGGGUUUCUCAUGUCGGGUCCUCCUGAUCUGGGGAGGCUGGAUGAUGUUGUCUGCAUUGUAGAGAUGGUCAAAGCUAUACUGGCUGUAAGGAAUGCUGGGCAGCCCUCGCUGCCAUACCACCUCCUUAGAGAAGCCCUGUUCAACUGAUCCAAGAUCAGAAACGAAGCAGCAAAAUGGUGGCCUCAUCUCUCACUGUCGUGCGAGCGUUCGGAAUCUGCCGAUGGGGCCAGAAGGGACAGGCGCGGAUGCCAGGACCUCCAAAACUGAGGCUUACUGGCCCAGUCUCUUGGGCCCCUGCCCGGACGGCGGCGACGGUGACGCUGGAGCCCGCGGGUCGCAGCCUCUGGGACAAGCCCGUGCGCAUCGCCGUGCGAGGCCUGGCCCCGGAACAAACGAUCACGCUUCGCUCAUCCCUGCGCGACGAAAAGGGCGCGCUGUUCCGGGCCCACGCGCACUACCGCGCCGACGCUGCAGGCCUGCUGGACCUCACGCGCGCGCCCGCUCUGGGCGGCAGCUUCGUGGGGCUCGAGCCCAUGGGGCUCCACUGGGCCCUGGAGCCCGAGAAACCCCUGCUGCGGCUGGUGAAGCGGGACGUGCGGACGCCCAUGGCCGUAGAGCUGGAGGUGCUGGACGGCCACGAGCAAGAGGCCGGGCGGCUCCUUGGCCACGCGGUGCAUGAGCGCGUCUUCCUGGGACCCGGGGUGCGGCGGGAGCCGGUGCGCGCCGGCCGGGUACGCGGCACGCUCUUCCUGCCGCCAGAACCUGGGCCCUUUCCUGGGAUUGUGGACAUUUUUGGAGCUGGAGGUGGCCUUGUGGAAUAUCGAGCUAGUCUGCUGGCUGAGAAGGGUUUUGCUGUGUUGGCUCUGGCUUAUUAUAACUAUGAAGACCUUCCCAAGGACAUGAAGACCCUCCACCUGGAGUACUUUGAAGAAGCUGUGAACUACCUGCUCAAACAUGCUGAGGUAAAGGGUCCAGGAGUUGGGCUGCUUGGAAUUUCCAAAGGGGGCGAUCUCUGCCUCUCCAUGGCUUCCUUCCUGAAGGGCAUCACUGCUGCUGUCAUCAUCAAUGGCUCUGUGGCCAAUGUUGGGGGAGCCUUACACUACAAGAGAGAGACUCUCCUUCCUCCUCUGGGCUCAGACAGAAAUCGAAUCAAAGUGACCAAAGAUGGUUUUGCAGACAUUCUGGAUGUCCUGAACAGCCCUUUGGAAGGACCUGACCAGAAGAGUCUCAUUCCUGUGGAAAGGGCUGACUGCGCCUUCCUGUUCCUUGUAGGUCAAGAUGACCACAACUGGAAGAGUGAAUUCUAUGCCAAUGAGGCCUCUAAACGCUUACAAGCCCAUGGGAAGGAUAAACCCCAGAUCAUCUGUUACCCAGGGGCAGGGCACUAUAUCGAGCCUCCUUACUUCCCCAUGUGCCGGGCCUCCCUGCACACCUUGGUGGGUAGUCCUACCAUCUGGGGAGGGGAGCCUAGGGCUCAUGCCAGAGCCCAGGUAGAUGCUUGGAAGCAGCUCCAGACUUUCUUCCACAAACACUUAGGUGGUAAAGAGUUAGGGGGACUCUCCUAAAAAUACAGCCCAUUAUUUGAAGGUCAGCAGGGUGAGAGUCUAAUAUAUGCUAAGGAAUAUCAGAGAUGGUUCAUCUGAUUUUUUUUUAUUCCUUCUCCUUAAAUAUUACUAUUAAAAUAGUCUCCAUACAAAUAAACAGUAUCAGGAAUGUAUAGGGAACCAUAAGUAGAGACAACUUUGUUAAAGAUUAAAUGUUGGAACAUUACUGAUAAAGCUGUCUGCCGUCUCCUUUCUGUGCCUUGACUGCUGACACUGCUAUCAUCCUCCUUCUCAAAAUGACCUUUGUAAUGAUUUUGAUAUGUGUCCCUUCAGACAUUAUGCUUUAACAUGCAUUUGGGUACCAAUUAAAAAGGUGUUUCUUGCAUAAACACCAUUUAAAAAGUAAUGCUGAUUUUGCAAAAUAAAUAAGUGGUGGGAAAGGGGCACCUUUUGCCUGACAAAAACUUGUGCCACAGCACCACAUGAACCGACAAAGGUUUUGGUCCAGGAAGGAAGAGUGGUUGGGGAAGGAACUAAGGCUUCCAGGGCACCUGUUUUAUGCCAAUCAUUUAGUCCUCACAACAACUCUGUGAGGCAAGUGAAAGAAUGUGGCAAACAUAAGCUCUUGUCCACAGCAUUUCAGGCAAAAAUAAUCUGCUAAAUUUAGUCAGUCAAAGAAAGAAGAAGACAACAAAAUCAAUCUGAAACUCUUCUUUCUAACAAUGAAAAUUCAGAUAUUUAUACACUGGGCAUUAUAAACUAGCAUGAUUGUUUCACCUAAGUAAUUAGCAAGGCUUAGAAAUUGAUGGUUACAUUCCAUGGACCACGAGAUUAAACUUUUGGAGUCUAGGCGUCAAGAACAUACUUAAAAAUAACACUUUCAGACAUAUUUACAAUUAUAGAAAACUGGAGGAUUUUAAGAUGUAAACCGGUCAACUAGGUCUUUUUCCCUUAGGAUUAUUAUUUAUAUGAUUUUUAUCUCCAUUCCUCUUCUGUUUUAUCAUUGAAUUUUUAAAUCACUACAAUACUGAGAAUCUUCCCUCAGAUUCAGAUAGCACCUAAAUAAAUAAAAUUCCAUCUUAGAAAAAAGCUCUUUACCAAGGGUGCUUAUUAGAGGCUUGUGGUCUCUGGCUCUAAUUAGGAUGGAAAAAGAAGAAAAGAGCUAAAAGAAACAAAAGGCUAUGAAAGAGUUGAAGUUUUUUUUUUUAACAUGAAGAAAAUGUAGUGCUUAUAAUUUUCAGUCUCCACUAACUUCAGUGGGCCCAGGGGUGCCUCCUGCACCCAUGCCCAGAAAUGUAAUAGUGGGUAAGUGGCUUUCUCUCUUAGCACUACUGAUUGUGCUUUCUAUAUGCCUUCCUAAGCACACUGGGCAGGAAAAAACAGACUGGCUUAACUAAUCCUCCAUGGUAAUUUCUCCACUGUUCGUCAUGAUGGAGUACUAGGCGUCCUCAAAGAUUGUGGACCAGAUUAGUGAGAGAGCCUCAAGACAGAAACAAAAAAGUGUUUGGAAUGUGGGUGGCCAUGUCCUCUGUAGUCUGGGCCCUACACAUCCUCUAAUCUCUUCCAAAACAAGUGAGGGAAAUAAAUUUUAGCGGGGAGGUGAGACAGCAGAAUAAAAGUGCCACAGGGACAGUGUUACAUAUGGAUGGGAGAAACUACAUCCAGUUUAGUGGAGGGUUGGGAGGACUUCAGAGAAGUGGCAUUUCAGAUGGGAUUGAAGAAUAGCUGGGUGUAUGGUUUUUUCUAAAUAAAUUUAUUGUAGAAAGUUUAGAAAAUACAAAUAACUACGCUUAGUUAUGCACUACCAAAAUGUCUAGUAUGGAAAGGGGGACAGGGAGUAACUGUAUAAUGAAGAAAGGUGACAAAUACUACCUAAGCCUGGUUAAUGACAUCAGUGAUAAAUUGUGUUGAUACUGUGUACUGUUCAUGUGUUGGAAGUGGCCCUUCAUCUCUAUAGUCUUCCCCACAAAAACCCAUAACCCCAGUCUAAUCAUGUGAAAAGCAUUAAAUAAGCCCAAAUGGACAUUCUGUGAAAUGCCUGACUAUAUUACUCAAAACUGCCAAGAUCAUGAAAAAGUCUAAGAAACUGUCACAGCCAAGAAGAGCCUAAGGAGAUGUGACUAUUAAACAUAAUAUGGUAUCCUCGAUGGGACACUUGAACACAAAAAGGACAUUAGGGGAAUACUAAGAAAAUAUAAAUAGAGUAUACAGUUUAGUUAAUAAUAUUCUAUCAGUAUAAUUUCAUUACUUGUGACAAAUGUGCCAUAUAGUAAUGUCAGAUGCUAAUGAGAGGGGAAACGGUGCUGGGUAUACAGAAACUCUGUACUUUUUGUAACUGUUCAGUAAAUCUCAAACUAUUCUAAAAUAAAAAGUUUAAGUAUUUGAAAAAGAAAGCAUAAUUAAAAUUUUGGUGUACUUCAUUCCAGUUUUUUUCUACAUAUGAGUGGGUGUUCAUAUUUUAUGAAUGUUUAUAUUUUAUGAAAAUGGGUGUUUAUUUUACUGUACGUGUAGAUUUUCAUCGUGCUUUUCUCUGAAAAAAAUAAUUAAAUGAGCAUUAUACCAUG